CACCGGCGAACCGAAGCCAUAUGUUAGAUUUCGCGGGUAAAACCGUACAACCUCCCCUCACCACUCACCACCAUCCUCCUCCUGCAUCCACCACCACAUCACUAUCGCCAUCCACUCUCUCUUUUCAAACUUUUCGCUCUUUCUCGAUCCUCAUCCUCCGUCGCUGUCUUAUCUUUUUUUUUUCUCCCUUCCCAUUCCAUGUAACAAUGAAUAAAAAUUUUUAAAGCCAACUUCUGUAACUGAAUUUUCAUUUCCCCACCAAAAAAAAAGGAAAAUUAAAUGAACUUCUCUUCCAAUUACACUAAUCUCCGGCUCACUUCCAACCGUUCCGACAACCUCCUCUUUUUCUCCCGUCAGAGUCCAUUCCAAAUCCGCGAAUUUCGCGUUUACAAACGGCGCCGGUUAAAGCUCUCUCGCUCAAACCUCACUGUGCAUAAUCACUUCAAUUUCUCUUUCGAUAACAACUUCUUCCAGAAGCUUCCUUCCCCCGAUUUUCUCGCGCCGGUGUUGGGUCUGUCUUCCGGCGUCGCUCUCUAUUUAUCGUCGCGCUUAAAUUUAGCCUCCGGAGACAAAAGCAAUGUCUGCGACAUCGGAGAGUGGAUCUUGUUCACCAGUCCGACGCCGUUUAACCGCUUUGUCAUCCUUCGGUGCCCCUCCAUAUCGUUCGAAGGGAGCGAGUUGAUGGAGGAUGUGAAUGAGAGGUUAGUGAAGGAAGAUCGGCAUUUCGUGAGGCUAAAUAGCGGGAGGAUGAUUCAGGCGAGUUUAAACAGGGGAGAGAAAGCCAGUGAGUUGGAGUACCAAAGAGUGUGUAUUAGCACGGAGGAUGGCGGCGUCGUUUCAAUUGAUUGGCCGGCGAAAUUGGACUUGUACGAAGAGCAUGGACUCGACACGACGGUUUUGGUGGUUCCGGGAACGGCUGAGGGUAGUAUGGACAAGAAGGUGAAGGCGUUUGUUCAGGAGGCGGUUUUUUGUGGGUUUUUUCCGAUUGUUAUGAAUCCUAGAGGUUGCGCUAGCUCGCCACUCACCACUCCCCGGUUGUUUACAGCUGCUGACAGCGAUGAUAUCUCCACUGCUAUACAGUUCAUCAAUAAGGCAAGGCCAUGGAACACAUUGAUGGGCGUUGGCUGGGGAUAUGGUGCAAAUAUGUUGACAAAAUACUUGGCAGAAGUUGGCGAGAAAACUCCUCUGACAGCUGCAACAUGCAUAGACAAUCCUUUUGACUUAGAGGAGGCCACAAGAUUGACUCCGUAUCACAUUGCUUUAAAUCAAAAGCUCACUGGUGGACUUAUAGAUAUCUUACGAUCUAAUAAGGAACUAUUUCGAGGCCGAGCAAAAGGGUUUGAUGUGGAGAAGGCUCUAUCAGCCAAAUCUGUUCGUGACUUUGAAAAGGCAAUAUCUAUGAUCUCUUAUGGUUUUGAGGCCAUAGAAGACUUUUACUCAAAAGCUAGCACGCGAAGCUUAGUUGGUAAUGUGAAGAUUCCAGCUCUUUUUAUACAGAAUGAUGAUGGAUCAGUGCCUCUACUCUCCAUUCCACGUGGUUUGAUUGCAGAAAAUCCUUUUACAAGCCUACUCCUCUGUAAUUGUUCACCGUCUAGAGCUACUGUAUCUUGGUGCCAUCAUUUUACUAUUGAGUGGCUUGCAUCGGUGGAGCUUGGACUUUUGAAGGGUCGUCACCCGCUUCUGAAAGAUGUUGAUGUCUCCAUCAACCCUUCAAAAGGCUUAGCUUUUGUGGAAGGUAGGUUGACUGGUAAGGGUGGAAAAGCUAAGAAGCUUUUGGAUCUUUCUAGAUCAAAUGCUAUAAAUGGCUAUUCCAUUGAUCGUCCAAGGGAGAUGUUAGAAGAUGGUGAUACAGCUGCUAGCAUCCACCCUUGGUCCAGACAAGGUUCACCGAAAGAUGUGGAACUCGAAGACAAGGGGUUGCAAGGAGUGCAUAAUGAUGUGUUACCUCAGACCAAAUCUGUUGAAGCAGAGUUGGUCAAAGAGGAAGCUAGUUCAGAAGAUGGUGAAAUAGGUGAAGUUCUACAAACUGCACAAGUAGUUAUGAAUAUGCUUGAUGUAACUAUGCCCGGAACUUUGAAAGAAGCAGAAAAGCAGAAGGUCUUGGCUGCCGUUAAUCAAGGAGAGACGAUUAUGAAAGCUUUGCAAGAUGCUGUGCCAGAAGAUGUUCGUGAAAAGCUCACAACAGCCGUAUCUGUAAUUAUGCGUGCUCAAGGCACAAACUUAAAACAGGGUAUUGAAAGGAUUCCCAAAAUGUCAUCAGGGUUCAAGUCAGAAGGCCAAGAAAGUGUCAGUGAUGCUCAUUCUGCAGAUGAGAUAAAAAGAGCUGAUGAUUUGGCAGAUGGCUCUGAUAACAUUCAAGUUGGCUCAGACAAAACUACUGGUGGACAGGGAUUGGAAUCUCAGCCAUCAGAAAAUUUGCAAAAGUCCAUUGAUGUUGGUCAAUCUCAACCAGUGAGCAGCCAUCAGGGUGAUAUUUCCUCUUCAGUUAAGAAGGAUACAAAUGAGUCGGGAAAAAUUCAUGAAAGUGAUAAGCUCACCAAAGAAAAGGCUUCUACACAUGCUGACUCUAGUGAAAGAGGAUUGGAAAGUAGUGCUAAGCCUAAUUUGACUACCCGAGCUGAAAAGGCAGGUAGCACAGAUGGAACGUUUAGUAGUGAGUGCAAAGCAGACCGAGAUGGUGGAAUGGGCCGAAAUGAAAUAAAGGAUGAGAAUAAUCCCCAGAAAAAGGAAGAAAAAGUCUUGGAUUCUUUGGCUGACCAAAGUAAAGUGGCAUCUGCUACUACAGCAGAAGUUACAGUUUCCUCCACAGGAUCUUCUGAAGCCCAACCAAUGGAAGGGGAAGGAAAUGAUAAUCAGAAAAAAGAAAACAAGGAUCUGCUACAUGCACUUGAUCAAAAUAAGUCCUCGAUACCUGAUUCCAAUCCUCCAACCUUUAGUGUUUCUCAAGCAUUAGAUGCACUGACAGAGAUGGAUGAUUCCACCCAAGUAGCUGUUAACAGUGUGUUUGGUGUAAUAGAAAAUAUGAUUUCUCAACUUGAGGAGGAAAAAGAUGAAAACGAAUCUCAUGAUGGAAAUGAGGUCAGGACUGAGAAUCUUGAUUCUGUGCUUGAGACACAAGACACAUUUGAAAAGGAGGAGGAUAGUGAAAAUGGUCACAAAUUGAGAGAAACAGAAGGCAGUAAAAGUGACCAGGGUAUGAUGUCUGAUGGAUUGCAUGGUCCUGCCAUACAUAAUGAUCAUGCCAUACAUAAUGAUCAUGAUAUUGGUACAGAUACGCAGGAUGACUCAACAAGUGAAUGGCUGGAGGAGGAAUCCCCGCAAAAUUCUGUUUCAUCUGAGGGGUCUGAUAGUGAUGAUUCUCAGGGAAAUAGUGUAGGCAAUAGUUUGGGUAUCCCAAGAAACAAUGAUCAUAUAAUUAGUAGCAAACUUUUGGCUGAUUAUUCAGAUAGACCUGUAAACAAAUUGUACAUUAAUGCAAAUCAAUAUGCGGACUUUCUGCAUAGUGAAAACUUCCGUAGAUAUUUGCUUUCGAGACCAACUACUGAACCACUAGAUGUAGACACAACUACUGCUUUAUUGCUUGACUACUUUCCAGAAGAAGGUCAGUGGAAGCUCUUGGAACAACCAGGAGUGAAUGGAGAUUCUAUUGAUGAAGUUACAACUCACAGCAGAGAGCCUGAGGCUCCUGCAGCUGCAGAAGUUAACGAAACUGAAAAUUACAUUGAACCAUCAUAUGUAAUAUUAGAUACUGAAAGACAGCAGGAACCAGUUGGAGAGUUUGAAACUAUGGAAAAUAUGAAUAUAAGUGCUGAAAACAAUGAUGAGGGAUUACAGGAAUUGAUUCAGCUUGUAAAAGUGACUAUAUUGGAUUCUUUGAGAGGGGAAGUUGAUCGCAGGCUAAGUGCAUCUGACAUGGAAGCAAUGGAAUCUCAACUUGCUAUAGAUAUUGAAACAGUUGCAACUGCAGUGUCUGUGUCUAUUGGAGAUGAUGAGGAAUAUACUAAUUUUGAAGGCAAAGAGCAUGUUAUAGAAAAUGCCUCAGGGAAAGUUGGUACCAUUAAUGGAGAAAUUAUUGUAAGGGCUAUUUCAUCUGCUGUUCAGAGCACAAGUUAUCUAAGCAGAGUGCUGCCAGUCGGUGUUAUUGUAGGAUCUAGCUUAGCUGCUUUGAGAGAGUAUUUUCAUCUAUCUACCAUUCAUGACGAUGAUCAAAGUGAAGUUAAAGCUGCUGACAAAACCAAAGUAUCCAGGAAAAAGAGUCAUGAGAAGACUAGUAUAAUGGAGAUUGAUCAAAUGCCUCUUUAUAAAUCAGGUCAAAAUGGUACUUUUCAUAGCCCUACUAGUAAAAAAGGGGUAGAAACUGGUUUUAAAAGCCUAAACAAGGAUAGUGUCAUGGUUGGUGCUGUUACAGCUGCCCUGGGAGCAUCAGCUUUUCUGGUGCCAAAACAGGAUCCACUUCAAGGGAGGGAAACUGCUGAAAGUUCAUCUAAGACCCUCAAGGAGCAAGGAAAUCAACAUAAAGAGUCUGAAAAGUUUGAUGAAGCAGUAGCUGACAAACACCAAAACAAUAUAGUCACUAGCCUUGCAGAGAAAGCCUUGUCAGUUGCUGGUCCUGUUGUACCUACAAAAGGAGAUGGUGAAUUGGACCAAGAAAGGCUGGUUGCAAUGUUAGCAGAUUUGGGACAAAGAGGUGGCAUGUUGAGGCUAGUUGGUAAAAUUGCUUUGCUUUGGGGUGGUAUUCGUGGUGCAGUGAGUCUAACAGACAGGCUUAUCAUGUUUCUCCAUAUAGCUGAGCGCCCCUUAUACCAAAGGAUUCUUGGCUUUGUUGGCAUGGGUCUUGUUUUAUGGUCACCGGUUGUUGUUCCAUUGCUUCCAACUCUUGUGCAGAGCUGGACAACAAAGAAUCCUUCCAAGAUUGCUGCACUUGUUUGCAUUAUUGGCUUCUACACUGCUGUCAUGAUGCUUGUCAUAUUAUGGGGUAAAAGAAUACGUGGUUAUGAAAAUCCACUUGAGCAAUAUGGACUGGAUUUGACAUCACUAUCAAAGAUCCAAGGUCUUCUCAUGGGCUUGAUUGGAGGAGUAAUACUUGUUAUGCUAAUACAGUCUGUAAAUGCCUUGCUUGGCUGUGUCAGUUUCUCUUGGCCUUCAAAUCUUCUUCCAUCCUCUUUAGAUAUCAUAGCUAGGCUCAAAGUAUAUGGAAAACUGCUUGUGCUGGUUGUUCGAGGAAUUGUAACUGCAACAGGUGUUGUGCUUGUCGAAGAACUGCUUUUCAGAUCAUGGCUGCCUGAUGAAAUUGCCGCGGAUCUUGGCUAUCACCAGGGAAUUAUUAUAUCAGGACUUGCAUUUUCUUUGUUCCAGAGGUCUCUGAUGGCAAUACCAGGGCUAUGGCUUUUGUCUUUGGCUUUGGCAGGCAUUCGGCAAAGAAAUGAUGGCAGCCUAUCAAUUCCAAUUGGGUUGCGUGCGGGGAUAAUCGCUUCAAGUUUUGUUCUACAAACCGGUGGCUUUCUAAUUUAUAAGGCCAAUUUUCCUCUCUGGGUAACGGCAACUUACCCUUUUCAACCUUUUAGUGGAUUAGUCGGUCUUGCAUUCUCUUUAUUGUUGGCAAUCAUUCUGUAUCCAAGACAGCCUCUGCCUCAGAAGAAAUCGGAAAGUAGCAUACAAGAAUAAACAGAGAAUUAUACGGUUAGAAGAGCAGCAGUCUCUACCACAUCUGCUGCAAUUUUGGUUGGUUAUAGCUUUACGGGUUUUGAACGGACUCGGAAAUCUGUAUAUACCAGUCUUUGCGUAACGGUGCCAACUGCCUUGUAUGUAUUUUUCCCACCCAAUGGGGAGGGGUAGCAGGGAAGAAAUGAAAGGAAGUAGAGGUAAGAGCAUUGUACAAAGUAAAGGAGAAAGAAACAGAGAUGCAGAAAUGCAUUUGAUGGGAGGUAAAAGGGCGGGCUUGGGAAGAAGGAUAUUGUUGCAACGCUAUCAUUCUUUCAAAUACUAGUACGUGCAAUCACUUCAAUAUCAGACCGCGCCGCACGGAAAAAAAAACACAUGGGACACGUAUUUCCGUAUACAUUAAAUUUUGAUAGGCAAUUUUGCAAAGGAAUCCUAAUAUCUUAAUGCCACGUAUAUAAGUUGUUCCUGUUGUUUUCUCUCUUCUCAUUUUUGGUACUUGGAUCCCAGCUUACAUGUACAUUUUUUGUACUUAAAGGGGCAAUAAUUCAUAAUCAUCCAUCUCAUGUUAAUGAAGGCAUAUUUUUACCCC